AUGGCCGAAUAUGAGACGGGAUGGGAGGAUCCCGAUGAGAUUAGAGGACACGUUGCCGCUUAUGAUGCGCUUCUGAUUGAGCUCGCGCGACCUUUGGAUUUGAUGAUACCCGAAGCGGAUCUUAACGAGUUCCGUCCCAAGUACAAACAUCAUCAUGAUCAUCAUCACCAUGUUGAUUAUCCGCAUGAAAUUUCGCGCGAACCCGACGGCGCGAUUCUGUACGCGAUGCCGGAAUACUCGUCGUCGGACGAUGAGAACGACGAUCAUCAGCGCGCGUUUUUCCAUCCGCCGCUUCAAAUUCAGAGGAAUCAGUUUGUGAAGAAGUUCAUCGAGAGACUUCGCGACGACACAUUCGAGAUAUCGAAAAUCGGCGUGAUGGGAUGCGGCGAGAUGUCGCUUGAGAGGCACCUGUUGCCGAGUCUGCACAAAUUUGGCACCAAAAUGCUGUUGUCGGUGGACAUUGACAAGCAUUCGUUGUCGAUUGGAAGUCAGCUAAUCGAAAAAGCUAUAAAAAAUCACGAGCCGAGCCUUCAAUAUGAAAACGGCUAUCCGGUCAUGAUUCGCGCCUAUUAUGGCGACAUCCUUCAACACGAUUAUCGAUUCGCCAACGCUGAUGUCAUUGUUUCGAUGGAAGUAAUCGAGCAUAUGCCGCUUCUCGACGCCAAACGUUUCAUCAAUAUUGUGCUCGGUGUGCUGUGCCCAAGAAUGUUCAUAUUCUCAACACCGAACCACGAUUUCAAUGCGGCGUUCGGCGACAAACCCGGCGAGUUUCGACACGACGAUCACAAAUUCGAGAUGACCGCCCACCAAUUCGUCGACUAUCUCAAAGAGCUUCGCCGUCUCCAUCCGAACUAUGAGAUCGGCCAACCGCACUACAUCGGCUUCAUUCCGCGAUUCAGCCAUCUGCACGGUGCGACGCAGGCGGCGAUAGCGAUUCUCAAAGAUCCGAGGUGUGUGGACCCGAAGACGUCGGAUCGGCCCUACAAAGCGGUAUACCAGACGAUGUUGCCGGUGGGCGUCAAAACAAUGAUCUAUCAAGUGCUCAAAGACACAUUCGUCGAAUGGCUCAAAAUCACCGAGCUCAAAGAAAGCGAGCUGCAGACGCAUGAGUUUUCGCAAUACUGGCUGAUUGAUAUCAAACGAAUUUUGCAUCACAUUCGGGCUCCCGUCACGAUAACGACACUGAUUGAUGAGAAAGAGGCGGUCGAAAUGCUUACCUCGAACGCGCCGGAAUACCUAUUUCCCGAGUUUACGCAUGGAUUCGCCGGAUUGGGAAUCAUGCACAGAAUGAAGAAGAGCAUUCUAAUCGCGAAAUUCCAAAAUCCGCCGGUUUGA